AUGGCGAUACCAUUGUUAACAGUUGGUCUUGUUGGCCUGUUCAUAUACGCCGCAUACAGAUAUGCCGUGUCGAAACCAAAAGGAUUUCCUCCCGUUAUUCCCCGCAUUCCAUUCUUUGGCAGUUAUUUGUUUAUGAUGGCAACAAAUUUCCGUUAUCUACACAAAGCCGUGUGGAAAUUCUCGCAAUGGUUUAAAUCCGACAUUAUUGGCCUACACAUGGGCCCAUAUCCAAUUGUUGUUGUGCACAAUCAAGAUGCCAUACGUGAAGUAUUGAAUCGUCCGGAGUUCGAUGGUCGUCCCGCAUUGUAUUUGGCUCAAAUACGUGAACCCGAUAAUGAUGUUAAGGGAAUUUUCUUCAUUGAUGGCCCCGAAUGGGAGGAACAAAGACGUUUCAUUUUACGCUACUUGAGAGAUUAUGGAUUUGGCCGUCGUUCUGAUCAAUUGGAAGCUGCCAUUCAAGAAGAAUUAAGCGAUAUGGUCUCACUUAUUCGUAACGGUCCAACAUAUGAUCACGAACGAUAUGUUGUCAAAGAAGGCGGCUAUCGUAUCCAACUGCCCUAUUUCUUUAAUCCCUUCGCUGCCAAUUGCGUCUUCCAUGUCCUGUUCAACGAAAGAUAUCCACGCUCCGAACAAGUUGACACCUGGACACUGAUGCGUAUGAUACUCCAAUUUACACGUACCGGUGAUGAUUAUGGCAAAAUUUUAAGUAUUAUGCCAUGGGUUCGUCACAUUUUCCCCAAUAUCAGUGGUUACAAUAAAUUGAUGGAGGCAAAUAAAUUCAUUUAUAAUUUCUACAAUAAAUUGAUUACGCAAUGUGAACAGACUUAUGAUGAGUCAGCUGAACGUCAUUUCAUCGAUGUCUAUAUCAAGGAAAUGAAAAAGGCCGAAAAGGAGGGAAAAGCCGACACAACAACAUUUAAUCACAAACAAUUUGUUAUGGCUUUAAUUGAUUUCACAUUCCCCGCCAUCACCAAUUUGGGUACAACAUUGGCAUUCCUGAUUCAAUAUUUCCUGUUGUAUCCUGAAGUUCAAAAGAAAAUGCAAAAGGAAAUCGAUACUGUUGUCGGACCGGGACGUUUCCCCACUUUGGAUGAUCGCAAGGAUAUGCCAUACACGGAGGCGUGUAUUCGCGAAAUUAUGCGAAUUGAAACAUUGGUGCCAUCGAAUGUGGCACAUCGUGUUAAAGUUGAUACCGAUUUAAUGGGUUAUCAUUUGCCAAAGGAUACUAUUGUCAUGGCCAGUUUGUAUGCUCUGCACAACGAUGAACGAGUCUGGGGUGAUCCACAAAACUUCCGUCCCGAAAGAUUUUUGGAUGAUGAUGGUAAAUUGUGCCUUAAGAAAGAUCACUCAUUGCCAUUCGGUGCCGGCAAACGUUUGUGUGCUGGUGAAACAUUUGGCCGCAACUUGUUGUUCCUUAUGACCGCCACUAUGUCACAAAAUUUCAACUUUGUAUUGGGUCCCAAUGAUAAACUGCCCGAUUUGAAUACAACCAUGAGUGGUUUGACAACAUCACCAACUGACUUUUGGGUACAAGUACAAGAUAGAAUUUGUAUAAAACUUAAUAAGAAACCACCGCUUAACGACACACGUAAAAAGGCACGUCUCGAAUUUUGUCGUUCGCAUUGGACGGGAUUGAAAAUGGCUUUCCCGUUGUUAACAAUUGGUCUAGCUGGCCUGUUCAUAUAUCUCUCAUACAGAUAUGCCGUGGCGAAACCAAAAGGAUUUCCUCCCGUAAUUCCCCGCAUUCCCAUCUUUGGCAGUUAUCUGUUCAUGAUGAUGGUGAAUUUCACUUACCUGCACAAGGCCGUCUGGAAAUUCUCUAAAUGGUUAAAAUCCGAUAUUGUUGGUCUACACAUGGGUAAAUAUCCCAUUGUUGUUGUACACGACUCAAAAUCCGUACGCGAAGUCUUGACUCGUCCUGAAUUUAAUGGUCGUCCAUCAUUGUUUGUCGCUCAGAUCAGAGAACCCAAUAGAAAAGUUGCUGGCAUUUUCUUCAAGGACGGUCAAGAAUGGGAAGAACAAAGACGUUUCAUUCUACGUUAUGCCAGAGAUUUCGGAUUUGGUCGUCGUUCCGAUCAAUUGGAAGCUAUCAUUCAAGAAGAAUUAAGUGAUAUGCUUCAUAUAAUCCGCACCGGACCAAAAUACCCACAUGAACAUCAAUUCGUCAAGGAGGGUGGUUAUCGUGUACUUAUGCCCUAUUUCUUUAAUCCCUUCUCGGCCAAUAGCGUAUAUCAAGUGCUCUUCAACGAAAGAUAUCCACGCUCCGAACAGGCUGAUAUGUGGAAAUUGAUCCGUUUGGGUGUACAAUUCCAACGUACCGGUGAUGAUUAUGGUAAAAUUUUAAGUAUUAUGCCAUGGGUACGUCACAUCUUCCCCAACUGGAGUUCGUACAAUAAAUUGAUGGAAUCGAAUCGUUAUCUGUAUGAAUUCUAUGAGAAAUUGGUUGAUCGUUAUAUUGCCACCUAUGAUGAAUCGGCUGAACGUCACUUUGUCGAUAUCUACAUUAAGGAAAUGAAGAAGGCCGAGAAGGAGGGCAAAACCAAUACCACAUUCAAUCGCAGUCAAUUUGUUAUGGCUUUGGUCGAUUUUACAUUCCCUGCCAGUACUGCUGUCGGUAUGACAAUGGCAUUCUUGGUGCAAUAUUUGUUACUACAUCCCGAGGUGCAGAGGGAAUGUCAAAAGGAAAUUGAUAAUGUUGUUGGAUCGGGACGUUUGCCAACAUUGGACGAUCGUCAACAUUUGCCAUACACUGAGGCGUCGAUUCGUGAAAUGUUGAGAAUUGAAACAUUGGUGCCAUCGAAUGUGCCACAUCGUACACGGGUUGAAACCGAAUUGAUGGGUUAUCGUUUGCCGAAGGAUACCUUUGUCAUGACCAGUUUGUAUGCCUUGCACAAUGACGAAAAUCUCUGGGGUGAUCCACAAAACUUCCGUCCUGAAAGAUUUUUGGAUGAAAAUGGCAAAUUGUCCCUUAAGAAAGAUCAUUCACUGCCUUUCGGAGCUGGUAAACGUUUGUGUGCUGGUGAAACAUUUGCCCGUAACAUGCUGUUCCUGAUGACCGCCACCAUGUUGCAGAACUUCAACUUUGUCUUGGGUCCCAAUGAUAAAAUGCCCGAUGUUAGCACAAAUUUGAGUGGUUUGUCUACCUCGCCAAGAGACUAUUGGGUACAGCUGGAAGAAAGAAAGUUAUAA